UUUGCACAACGACUCACGAAACGGACCGAUUGCUUUAUCAUUGAUGUUGGAUAAUAACAAAAAGUUAUCCGGGGCAUAUUAAUUUUACAGAUAUGCUUGUUUCAUGUAUGUCUGUUGAAGGGGGGAGGAGGGGGGGUCACGACCCAGCGGAUUGAUACUUAAUAUUUGUGACAAGCUAAUGUUACCAAUGACUUCAGUGAUUCAGCGACUGUCUCUGGAUGCCUACAAAAAUAGUUGAAUUGUCUUCAUUAGAAACCCGUAGCUUUGUUUCGAAAGAGCAGCCGAUCCAGUGCUCGCGCUCGCUUUGUUGACCCAAAGCAAGCAGAUACAGAAAAUAAGGAGCAAACUAGUCCCGGAGCGGAUGAAUCACGCGGAGGUAUAUUGCGGUUGUAGGCCCCUCAGCUGAUGUGAAACUAGCAGUGGUAGAGAGAAAAGAGGAGCUGGUGCACUGUCUGUUACAACUACAACACUGGAACAAAUAGGUAACAACAUUAUACCAAAAGUGAAUGGUAGUGUCUAGAAAGGGUAUGUCCCUUCAGGAGAGAGGUGCCAAUGUCCAACCGGCCUAAUUCCAAUCCAGGGGGGUCACUGCGCCGUUCACAGAGGAACACUGCUGCGGCCCAGCCACAAGACCACACAGUCGCUGGAAGGUUGCAGUCAGAGCAGGUAAAACAUAAAGCAAAUUCCCCACCUGAAAGUAGAAGACCUAAUUCUAAGGCUCCCAAAGCCACAGCCAGCUCAGCCACUGGCCAGUCCAGAGGGCACAGCUCAAGAAGAAGCGGUCUUACUCUGUCCGUGGCUUCAUUUGUAUUGCAAGACGACCCAGAGGCUGCAGGAACAUCUGAACAAGAGCGACCAGGCCACCAAUCUAAGAGUGAAGGCAACCGAGGGCUGAAGCGAAGUGAAGCUCCUGACCAAAUAAGUACCUUUGGCCCAACCCCUGCCAAGAAGCCGAAAUCGCUCCCGUCACCCCGAGACAAUACCUCAGAGACCAAGAAAGGCCCAGUUAAGUCCAAGAAGAGAUCACUUACUUCAGAAUUGCCUGCAUCGUCAGGUCGAGGCCAGAGCAAGAAGAGUGUGGCCACUGGGGCCUCGCCAAUCCAAAAACGGAAAAAAGCAGACUCUCUCCCCGGUCUUAGUAGCACCGCUGGGUCCCUCCCCAAUCGUACCGAGGGCAGAACUGCAAAACCCACCAAGCUGGCGUCUAAAUCGGCCGCCUCAGCCAAAGCUGGGUGUAGCAACGUGACAGACUCCUCCUCCUCCUCUGCCUCCACCUCUUCCUCUACCACAGGCACCAACAGCACCACCACCCAAGGCGCCCGAGUCAAACAAGGAAAAGACCAGUCCAAGGCACGUCGCUCCCGCUCAGCAUCUAGCCCCUCUCCACGCCGUAGUACACGUGACAAAGAGCAGGCCAAAGCUGCCAGCUCUUCAAAAUUUGAGUGGGCAGCACGCUUCAACCCCAAAGUCAAUUUGCCAAAACCCAAACUGUCCUUGCCUGGAUCAUCCAAAACUGAGACCUCCAAACCUGGGCCAUCAGGAUUACAAGCUAAGCUAGCAAGUUUGAGAAAAUCCACUAAGAAGCGCAGCGAGUCUCCUCCAGCAGAGCUCCCCAACUUUCGGCGGAGCACACGCCAGAAGACCACGGGCUCCUGUGCCAGCACCAGUCGGCGGGGCUCAGGCCUGGGCAAGCGCGGGGCAGCCGACGCUCGCCGACAGGAGAAAAUGGCCGACUCCGACAACAACCAAGAUGGGGCCAACUCAUCAGCCGCUCGCACUGAUGAUGCGUCACAAGGGGCUUCAGCGUCAAGCUCGGUUGCUGGAGCAGUGGGCAUGACCACCUCUGGUGAGAGUGAGUCUGAUGAUUCUGAAAUGGGAAGGCUUCAAGCUCUACUAGAGGCCAGAGGUCUCCCUCCACAUCUUUUUGGGCCCCUGGGACCCCGCAUGUCUCAACUCUUUCACAGGACCAUAGGCAGUGGAGCCAGUUCCAAGGCUCAACAGCUUCUGCAAGGCCUCCAGGCCACAGGUGACGAGUCUCAGCAACUCCAAGCCGCAAUAGAAAUGUGCCAGUUGCUGGUGAUGGGCAAUGAGGAAACACUUGGUGGAUUUCCUGUGAAAAGUGUGGUGCCUGCCUUGAUUACACUGUUACAAAUGGAGCAUAACUUUGAUAUUAUGAACCAUGCCUCGCGUGCACUCACUUACAUGAUGGAGGCACUCCCUCGAUCUUCUGCUGUGGUGGUCGAUGCCAUUCCUGUCUUCCUGGAGAAGCUUCAGGUGAUUCAGUUCAUUGACGUAGCAGAGCAGGCCCUGACUGCCUUGGAGAUGUUGUCAAGGCGACACAGCAAAGCCAUUUUGCAGGCCGGUGGGCUUGCUGACUGCCUCCUGUACCUGGAGUUCUUUAGCAUUAAUGCUCAGAGGAAUGCCUUGGCUAUUGCAGCCAACUGCUGCCAGAGCAUUACUCCAGAUGAGUUCCACUUUGUUGCUGACUCUCUGCCACUGUUGACUCAGAGACUUACUCAUCAGGAUAAGAAGUCAGUUGAAAGUACUUGUCUCUGUUUCGCCAGACUGGUGGACAACUUUCAGCACGAAGAGAACCUGUUGCAGGAGGUGGCAUCAAGGGACCUGUUGACAAACAUCCAGCAGCUGUUGGUAGUGACUCCUCCUGUGCUCAGCUCGGGGAUGUUCAUCAUGGUUGUGCGCAUGUUUUCACUUAUGUGCUCCAACUGUCCAUGCCUGGCAGUCCAGCUUAUGAAACAGAACAUAGCAGAAACUCUGCGUUUCCUUUUGUGUGGAGCGUCAAAUGGCAGCUGCCAGGAACAGAUUGAACUGGUACCCCGGAGCCCCCAGGAGCUCUACGAGCUGACCUCACUCAUAUGUGAGCUGAUGCCCUGCUUGCCCAGAGAAGGCAUCUUUGCAGUUGAUGUAAUGCUUAAGAAGGGCAGUGUCCAGACAACAGAGGGAGCAAUCUGGCAGUGGAGGGAUGACCGCGGACUGUGGCAUCCUUACAACCGCAUUGACAGCCGCAUUAUUGAGACAGCCCACCAGAACGGGGAAGAUGAGAUCAGCUUGUCAACCCUCGGCCGCGUAUACACAAUUGACUUCAACUCUAUGCAGCAGAUCAAUGAAGACACAGGAACAGCACGUGGUAUCCAGAGGAAACCUAACCCUCUUGCUAACCCCAACACAGGCAGCCACCAAGAGGUCCGUCGUGAAGAUGCACGAGCCCAGUUGAUGAAGGAGGACCCUGAGCUGGCAAAGUGCUUUAUCAAAACUCUGUUCGGGGUCUUGUAUGAGGUGUACAGCUCAUCAGCUGGCCCAGCUGUCAGACACAAGUGCCUUAGAGCCAUCCUCAGGAUCAUCUACUUUGCUGAUGCAGAGCUGCUGAAGGAUGUGCUGAGGAACCAUGCUGUGUCCAGUCACAUUGCCUCCAUGCUAUCUAGUCAGGACUUGAAGAUUGUAGUGGGUUCACUGCAGAUGGCUGAGAUCCUCAUGCAGAAGCUCCCAGAUGUUUUCAGUGUUUAUUUCAGAAGAGAAGGUGUCAUGCACCAAGUGAAGAAUUUGGCAGAGUCUGAGAGCUUUUUGGUCACUAGUCCUCCAAAGGCUUGCCCUAGUGGCACCGCCAGUCUCUGCACUACCACCAUCAGCACUGCAUCCACCACAUCUGCUAAUAAUACAACUCCUGACCUGGGCUCACCCAGCUUCCAGCACAGCAUGGACGACUCACUGGACCUCAGCCCUCAAGGGCGGUUAAGUGAUGUCUUAAAAAGGAAACGACUACCUAAAAGAGGACCUAGAAGGCCCAAGUACUCGCCACCAAGAGAUGAUGAUAAAGUAGACAAUCAGGCUAAGAGCCCUACCAGUACUCAGUCACCCAAAUCAUCCUUCUUGGCCAGUCUCAAUCCCAAGACAUGGGGCAAGCUGGGUGCUCAGACCAACAAUGCCAACUCUGAGCCCUCGCGUACAGCAGGAGUGAGUGGCCUCGCAAGGGCUCCUCCCAAGGACUCAAUUUCAAAUAACCGAGACAAAAUUAAGGCCUGGAUCAAAGACCAAGCGACUAAGUUUGUGGAGCGCUACUUCAACUCUGAAAAUGUGGAUGGUAGCAACCCUGCACUGAAUGUCCUCCAGAGACUUUGCACAGCCACCGAGCAACUCAACCUCCAGGUGGAUGGUGGUAUGGAGUGCUUAGUGGAGAUCUCCAGUAUUGUGUCAGAAUCUGAUGUGUCGUCUUUUGAGAUCCAGCACAGUGGGCUGGUGAAGCAGCUGUUGGUCUACCUGACCGCCAACACAGACAGAGAAUUGCUGAGUCGUGAUGUGCGGCUCAAAAGGUUCCUCCAUGUGUUCGGUGGCUGUCCGCCUCCAGGAAUGGAGCCCAUAGGUCGCCUGGAUCUAGCUGAGAAUGCACCUUACUUGGCCAUGGUGCACAAGAUGAACAGCUGUCUGAGCCAAAUGGAGCAAUUUCCUGUCAAGGUGCACGAUUUCCCCAGUGGCAACGGCAAUGGCAGCAGGGGAUCUCAGGCACUCAAGUUCUUCAACACACAUCAGCUUAAGUGUCAGCUGCAGAGACACCCAGAUUGCACUAAUGUUAAACAGUGGAAAGGGGGACCUGUAAAGAUCGACCCUCUGGCUCUGGUGCAAGCCAUUGAGCGGUAUCUUGUCGUCAGAGGAUACGGCCGAAUCAGGGAAGAAGACGAAGACAGUGAUGAUGAUGGCUCAGAUGAUGAAAUAGACGAAUCACUGGCAGCUCAGUUUUUGAAUUCAGGCAGCGUACGUCACAGACUGCAGUUCUACAUUGGUGACCACCUGCUACCGUACAACAUGACGGUGUACCAGGCUGUGCGGCAGUACAGUCUGCAGGCAGAAGAAGAACGGGAGUCAACAGAUGAUGAGGCAAACCCACUUGGCCGAGCUGGCAUUUGGACCAAAACGCACACAAUAUGGUAUAAAUAACCACUUUUUAUACCA